AAGGGUAAGAGGUCAAAGGGCGAGGCGGCAUAUUUCAUGCGCGCGGUUUCUUGAAAGCGGUGACGGUAAGAUCAGAGCGGACAAAACAGCGGAGUGACCAUGGCGGAGAGACCGGAGGACCUGAACCUGCCCAACGCGGUCAUCACGAGGAUUAUCAAGGAGGCGCUUCCUGAAGGUGUCAACAUCUCCAAAGAGGCCCGCAGUGCCAUCUCGAGGGCGGCCAGCGUCUUUGUCCUUUAUGCCACAUCAUGUGCCAAUAACUUUGCCAUGAAGGGCAAGAGGAAGACCCUGAGUGCUGGGGACGUCCUGACCGCCAUGGAGGAGAUGGAGUUCCAGAGAUUCCUCCCGCCAUUGAGAGAAGCCCUAGAAGCGUACAAAAAGGGCCAGAAGGGUAAGAAGGAAGCCUCGGAGCUGAAGAGGAAAGACAAAGAAAAGAAAAGCGACGUGGAGGACAACGAGAGAAGCCGCGAGGAAGAGAACGAGGAAGAGGAGGAGGAGCGAAUGGAGGAGGAGGAGCAGAAGGAGGGAGAGAACGAGGAGGAUGAGGAGGACAUAGCGAACUGAGGAAGACGGGGCUGCAGAAAAGCCCCAGACUGAGACUGCCAGCCCACCCGCCCAGACCCCCUGGCAUUGUGUGUGCCCAACGGCUCUGUCCCCCGAUUUUGGACGGGUGGCUUUAUUGGACUAGUGACUGCCACUGAGGACUGAGACCCCCACUUUGUGAAAGCCCCCGCUGUUGUUGUUGUUCCCAGCAGCUUUAGUGAAGUAAACGCCAAUUAGAAACGCUGCCCGCUGCUGCCCCCUCGUGUUCUUGU